CAUCCUCAGCUCAGCGCGCCUGAAAACGAGUUGUUCGAACCAGACGGGCUAUAUAAAGAGCCCUUGCCCGUAGAAUCUGCUGUUGUUGAUUCUGAAUCUCUUCACACUUCCUGUACUUUACCAACAUGCCGCUAAGCUAUGAUACUGAGUAUAUCAAAGAUGCAGAGCCAGCGCUUGCUGCGAUUGCCUCUGCAUUCAAAACCCCCGUGCACGAUGCACUCGCCCUCCGAGCAGGCCUCGCAGCUAUGUUAGACCCAUUCACAGGCGGUAUUCCUGAGAUCCCCGGAAUAAAAACGACCAUCCACAAAGUCCCCUCAGCCGACGGCCACAUAUUCUCGCUAUACCAAGUCGCACCGGAGCGCGUCGAUGGAGCCCCUCCAGGUCCAGCAAUUGUACACGCCCAUGGAGGCGGCUUCAUCCACGGCGACGGACAAGAAUGGGCCAAGGUAUGCGCCAUCAGAGCCCACGAGACAGGGAUGCCCUUCUUCACGGUCGACUACCGCCUCGCGCCAGAAAGCAAGUUCCCCGCCGCGAUCGACGACGUCUAUGCCGCGCUGACGUGGGUCCACGAGCACGCCGAGGAAUUCGGCAUCGAUCGUUCGCGCAUUGCAGUCCAGGGCGAGAGCGCGGGCGGGAACCUUGCCGCUGCUGUUUCCCUAAUGGCGCGCGAUCGUGCCCUUAAUCCCCCGCUGGCCAAGCAGAUCCUGUCAUACCCGAUGCUGGAUGAUCGGAAUACGGUUCCGGACCCGGAGCUUGCGCGUUUUGCGACGUGGACCUACGAUAAUAACACCACCGCGGCUACGGCGUAUAUCGGUGAUAAGGCCGGGAAGGAGGGUGUUUCGCCUUACGCGGCGCCUGCACGGGCUACGAGCUUUGAGGGAUUACCACCGUUGUACAUUGAUGUGGGCGGUUUGGAUAUUUUCCGAGACGAAUGUAUUGCGUAUGCUGGAAAGCUUGCAGCGGCAAAUGUUAAUGUUGAGCUUCAUGUCUACCCCGGAGUGCCGCAUAUGUUUGAGCCGGGGGGACUUGCUACUGGUGUGGUUCAGCGGGCAUCGGCGAAUCGGUUGGCUGCCAUGAAGAGCUUUUAGGCAAGUUUGAUGCUGUGAAUGGUGAUAUAUCAGAUAGUCUGCUCCCGUACUACAAAUUGAUGAAUGAACCGUGCCUUCCGUUUUGGGAACAAAAUUCAAUGU